AUGCUGCAAACAAUGUUUUUAUAUAUCCUGGCAGCUGCAAUUAUUUUAUGUAUAUUACAUAUCAUAUUUCUGUGCACUGGCGAUGCGAGACUCGUAAGACAAAUUCCUGGUCCGAAAGAUGUGUUCAUCAUUGGAAAUACAUUGGAAUUAUUAAUAACACCAGUUGAACUGUUUAAAUUGGGAAGGCGCUAUGCAAACAAAUGGAAAGAUAUAUACAGAUUUAUCGCGUUCAAUAUAAGAGCUGUUAAUAUAUUUAAUCCAGAGGAUAUUGAGGUAGUGAUGUCAACUAUGAAGCACAGCGAGAAAAGUUAUUUUUAUUCAUUUCUAAGACCUUGGCUGGGAGAUGGUUUAUUACUAAGUGGCGGUGAAAAAUGGAAGGGUCGCAGAAAGAUUCUUACCCCGGCGUUCCAUUUUAACAUCUUGCAACAGUUUCAUGAGAUUUUGGAUCAGAACAGUAGACGUUUGGUGGAAGAAAUUAGCUUUAAAGUGGGAAAACCGAUUGAUUUAGUUCCUCUGUUAUCAGACUUCACACUGAACUCUAUAUGCGAAACCGCUAUGGGUACGCGACUGGAGUCAUCAAAAUCUGCCCGAAUUUAUAAAGAAAACAUUUAUGAAAUCGGAAAAUGUUUAGUUGAACGUUUUAGUAAAAUGUACUUAUAUUCACCGUGGAUAUUCAAUUUAACAAGUAUUGCAAGAAAACAAAAAGCGUGUGUGAGUGCAAUACACGAGUUUACUGGUAAAGUUAUUAGAGAAAGGAAAUAUUUCGCCGACCAGCAAAGAAGGGAAAUAAUAUCUAGUCUUAGUGAUGAUUUGAAUAAAAAAAACAAAAAGAUAGCUAUGCUAGACCUUCUUUUAACGGCUGAAAGAGACGGCUUGAUUGAUAAUACUGGUGUUCAGGAAGAAGUAGAUACGUUUAUGUUCGAAGGUCAUGAUACAACAGCGGCUGGACUGACAUUUUGUCUGAUGCUAUUAGCAAAUAACCCGCAGGUUCAGGAUAAAAUAGUAGCUGAAAUGAAACAAGAGAUAGGGGAUUCUAAUCAAAGACUUACAAUAGAAGAUUUGUCUAAAUUGAAAUAUCUAGAGAGAUGUAUCAAAGAAUCUUUACGACUUUACCCCCCAGUUCCUUUUAUAAGCCGCAUCUUAGAUUCGCCUGAGAAAUUGAGUAACUACACAGUACCUGCUGGUACUUACUGCCACAUUCAUAUUUAUGAUCUGCACAGAAGAGAAGAUUUAUUUGAAAUUCCCAACGCGUUUAACCCUGACAGGUUUCUACCGGAGAAUAGCGUUGGUCGGCACCCUUAUUCUUACAUACCUUUUAGUGCCGGUCCAAGGAAUUGUAUAGGUCAAAAGUUUGCAAUGUUGGAGAUGAAAACAGUGAUUGCGACAAUAUUGAAAAGCUAUCUAUUGAAACCUGUCACUACACCAGCUGAUAUUCAAAUACAUUCAGAUCUUGUACUUCGAAACAGUGGACCUGUUGAAGUAAUAUUUUUAAGAAGACUGUUAACUUAA